UGGCACUGCUUGCUGGCAGUUUUUUGAUCUCCUUGUUAGAUUUUCGCGCCGCAGCAAUCAAAGAUCUAGUAGUGAUAUUCUUCUGGUAAACUUUUAUACAUUUUAAGCAGACAUGACGACAUCACAAAGAAGAUAUGUGUGUAUAAUUUAGGAGACAAGCAAAUUCUUGCAUUCAAAUAUGUUCUUGGAUCAAAUAUGUUUAAAUUUUUUAGCUGUAGCUGUAGGACAGACUGAAUUUGUCCGUUUUUUUUUUAAUUUUUUUUAAUUUAACAAGUGUCUGUUCCCACCGAAAGAAGUAUUGCACCACAAUUUAAAUCUGAUAAAGGCAAAAUCGUUUUUAAAAGAACACCCCAAAGGCCAAUGUCUAUAAUCACACAGAAAUGUCGUUUAAUAAUUUGAUAUGUUAUGACAUGUGUAAAAUUCUUUGGUACCAAAAGAGAAACGCCUACUAAAUUGGCAACCAUUAAUUAAGAACCAUCAGAACGAAUCAUUUUUUUAAAGAACACCCUAAAGGCCAAUGUCUAUAAUCACACAGAUAUAUCGGUUAAUACUUUGAUAUGUUAUGACAUGUGUAAAAUUCUUUGCAACCCAAAGAGAAACGCCUACAAAAUUGGCAAACAUUAAUUAAGAACUACAAAUCGCGGACUAUAAAAGCAUUCCGAACUCCUCCUAUCGCCAGUUAUUUCAUAGCCUUAAACAUUCGAAACUAAAGAUGUUCGGACACUUUAAGCUCAUCUAUCCGGCUCCUAUAUCGGAGCCUAUACGGUCUAGGGACUCGAAUGCAUAUAUGUUGGAGACGCUGCGAAAUUCGGGCUUGAAUUUGAAGAACGAUUUCGGUAUAGGCCGUAAAAUUUGGAGGGUUUUUUCGUUCACCUACAAUAUGCUGAUACUUCCCGUAAGUUUCCCAAUCAACUAUGUGAUACAUCUGGUGGAGUUCCCGCCGGAGCUGCUGCUGCAAUCCCUGCAAUUGUGCCUCAACACUUGGUGCUUCGCUCUGAAGUUCUUCACUUUGAUCAUCUAUACGCACCGCUUGGAGCUGGCCAACAAGCACUUUGACGAACUGGAUGAGUACUGCGUGAAGCCGGCGGAGAAGCGUAAGGUUCGCGACAUGGUGGCCGCCAUUACCAGGCUGUACCUGACCUUUGUCGUGGUCUACGUCCUCUACGCCACCUCCACGCUACUGGACGGACUACUGCACCAACGUGUUCCGUACAAUACGUACUAUCCGUUCAUAAACUGGCGAGUCGAUCGGACCCAGAUGUACAUCCAGAGUUUUCUGGAGUACUUCAUCGUGGGUUAUGCCAUAUAUGUGGCCACGGCCACCGAUUCCUAUCCUGUGAUUUACGUGGCAGCCCUGCGAACUCAUAUUCUCUUGCUCAAGGACCGCAUCAUUUACUUGGGCGAUCCCAACAACGAGGGUAUCAGCGACCCGAGCUACAUGUUUAAGUCGUUGGUGGAUUGUAUCAAGGCACACAGAACCAUGCUAAAUUUUUGUGAUGCCAUUCAACCAAUCAUCUCUGGCACGAUAUUUGCCCAAUUCAUCAUAUGCGGAUCGAUCCUGGGCAUCAUUAUGAUCAACAUGGUUUUGUUCGCUGAUCAAUCGACCCGAUUCGGCAUAGUCACCUACGUUAUGGCUGUCCUUCUGCAGACUUUUCCGCUUUGCUUCUACUGCAACGCCAUCGUGGACGACUGCAACGAGCUGGCCGACGCACUUUUCCAUUCCGCCUGGUGGGUGCAUGACAAGCGAUACCAACGGACUGUCAUCCAGUUCCUGCAGAAACUGCAGCAGCCGAUGACCUUCACCGCCAUGAACAUAUUCAAUAUUAAUCUGGCCACUAACAUCAAUGUAGCAAAGUUCGCCUUCACCGUCUACGCCAUCGCGAGCGGUAUGAACCUGGACCAAAAGUUAAGCAUUAAGGAAUAGAAUAGAAUACUCAAGAAAAAUGACCGCACCAGAGGUAAACGUACAUAGUUUUAUGAACUUAACACUUUGCUUCGUAGAAUUAUAAUAAUCGUAUAUGCAUACAGCGAAUUAUGAAUAAACAUAAGCUAGUUAAAACAAA